AGGUAAUGCAGUUUCGGUGCUCAGAAGUGUAAGAUACGAGACCAUUCUGACCACGACACACUGCAGUAUCUUGGGACUAUGAAGUUGUUAGUGCUGACGGCGAUUAUCGCCGCCGUCACUUGCAGUCCGCUCAGUGAGAGCAACACAUGGCCUUGGCAAGUAGGCAAAGAAUACUCAUACAAUGUGGAAGCUUAUACUUGGACCAAUUAUGAACAAAGCGACAGCUACGGCAAUUCCUUCAAAGCCCUGUUUAUGGUUCGCGUACUGUCACCUGGCCGCUUGCUUGCUAAGCUAGAGAGCCCAAUGUUUGCACAAUUCCACGACCAGGUAACUAAGGAAGAAUGGCCAACUGGAUUAGAUUACAAUCCUGUUGAAAAGUUCGAUCAUCCAUUUGAAAUUUUCGUUGAUGGAGGACGUGUCGUCUCUUUGAAACUUCCAGAAUCACUCUCUGUGCCCAAUGAGAAUUUGUUGAAAGGUCUGAUUGGUGCUUUGCAAGCAGAUUUAUCAAGCUACAAUCAUGUUCAUGAUUUCCCGAACAGUUAUGAUAAAGAAAGCUUCCAAGGUUUAUUCAAAAAGAUGGAAAGUGACGUCACCGGUAAUUGUGAGACUUUAUACUCAGUAGCGCCAGUUUCUGCAGAUUGGCAUCGCGAAUUACAAGACUUCGCCGCAGAUCCAAUAGAAAUCACUAAGAGUAAAAAUUACGAGUCAUGUGCAAAGUUUGUUGACUUCAAUUUUGGUGUCCCUGAAGGUGCCGUAUGGAAAGGACUGGCUUAUAAAAACGAAGAAAAACAGUUUAUCAAGCACACAACUGAAUCACGUUUACUCGUUGGCAAGCAUGGCACGAUUUACAAAUCUGAAACCUUUGACUCUGCUGUAGUAAAUCCACUUUUAUUUGGUAAACAAAAGGCGCAAGUCCACAGUUACGUCAGCUUUUAUCUGUUAUCACUUCAGCCAGAAAGUUCCAAAGAAUGGGUUAAAUCUGAGGAGUAUCGAUCAGUUGACUCUUUAAUCUUUAGGUAUGAUCCUAAGUCGAUAAUAAAGGCUAAUGAAAAGUAUGUUGCUGAUGCACAGAAAUUACUCCAAGAAAUGACUCCUUUACUACAAGACCCAAAUAUUUUACCAAAGUCCGAUUUCCUUUCGAAAUACAAGAGCCUCAUUCGCUUAAUUAUGUUCAUGAGUCCCGAGCAACUUGCUCAACUGACCAAUAGCAUUGAAGUUGCAAAAUCAUCGAAAAACGUGGUUAAGAAUAACAUGUGGAUAAUAUACCGUGACGCUGUUGUCCAAGCCGGCACUUAUACAGCUUUUCAAGAAAUAAAGAACUGGAUACAGUCUAAAAAGGUUGAAGGUGAUGAGGCCGCAGAUGUUAUAAGUUCAGUGGCCAGUGUACUUCGUGUCCGUACAAAGAAAGUUAUGACCGAAUUUUUCGAUUUAGCCAUGAGUCCAGAGGUUCAGAAGCAGGAGUACUUUAAUACAACAGCACUCUUGGCUGUAUCAAAGUUCAUCGCAUCGAAUGAAGAUGACUCAUUCUUGGUGGAGAAAGUUAUUCCACGUCUAUCCGAAGAACUGAAAAAAGCUAUCGAAAUCGACGACAAGAACAAAGCUCAGGUUUACGUAAGAGUUCUUGGUAACUUAGCUCACCCUGAAAUUUUAAAAGUCUUUGCUCCUUAUCUGGAUGGUCACGUGCCAGUCACAAAAUAUUUACGAAUCCAAAUGGUCAUCAGCCUUAAAUCAUUGGCGAACACAAAGGAUGAGUAUGUGCGUGCUGUACUUUUCAGUCUUUUAAAGAACACUGCUGAGCCUUACGAAAUCAGAGUUGCUGCUGCUCUGAAUAUUUUCCUAGCUUUUCCUAGUCACGAAAUGAUGCAAAUUAUGGCGCAUAUGUCAGGCACAGACCCAAGCACACAGGUUCGUGCAGUACUGUCGAAUGGAAUUAUUUUUGCCGCUGGUCUGAAAGAUCCACGUUUUGCGAAACUCGCUAAGAUUGCAAAAUCAGUUCUGUACUUGGUACCUAAAGAAAAGUUUGGCUACCGCUAUUCAACUGAAAGUUUGGUGGACGAAUAUACAAGUGACGAUGUUGCAGCUCACUUCAGGGAACUUUCAUUUAUUGGAAGUGAGAAUCACAUACUCCCAGUAUACCAAAGGGGAGGUCUAAGAUUCGGAAGCACCGGGUGGACCGAAGAAGAAUGGUUCACAUACUCUAUUUCGGAUAUGAAGCACUUGAUGAGCUAUCUAUAUGGGAUGUUCGUUAAGUUACCUGAAAAAAACUAUGAAGGCGUGAAAUUCUCUAGUAAAAAGAUAGCUGACUUACUAAAUAUUAAGCCAAAGCAUCGUUGUUAUCUCGAAGGAUCCUUCUUCCUUAACAACUGGAACCAGCAAACGCUAUUAACGUUCACUCAAGAUGACCUUGACGCUCUACUGAUGGACGUUGCGAAAGAGGCAGAAAAACCACCAAAUGAAAUUAAUUAUACCAACCUCUUAAGACAGAAACAAGUCUUUGUUACUUUCCCUCUAGCUUCAGGUAUGCUUUUUGUUUACGACUACAGCGAGCCAACUGUUGUGAAGAUGCAAAGUCAAUUGAAAAGCAACGUCGACAAAGAAUUGUCCAUAAAUUUGAACUUCGACUUGAAAAUAUUAUAUGCAAGAAAUAUGGAUGGUAGCGUUGGUUUCUUCGAUGCCUAUAGUAACUUAUACGUAAGCUCAGGUGUCAUUAACAAAUUCCAAUUUUACAUUCCUUUAAAAGUGAGUGCAGCUUUGCAAUUGGGAAAAACUAAGUUCAGCUUGAAAUUCGAGAUGCCUGAACAAAAUGUCAAUUUGGCCCAUAUGAGUGUAUGGCCUUACAUUUCACGGUACGAACUUUAUUCACCGGUGACCGUCUUACAAGACCCAUCAACUAAGUUUAUCGAGCGUCCAGAAAAGGUUAUUUCUGCUCCAUUUAAAUUUGGCGAGCUCGCCGGCACAGUCUUUGAAUUUAGCGGAUUCUCUUAUUCUAAUGACUACAAGAAGCCACUCAGUUUGUUUGAUGCUGACUUCCUUACAAAUGUACGUAACUUGCUGUACCAGAAGGACGUCGCGUAUACUUCAUUUGAUUUCAAGUACCUUGCUAAAGAGUCGCAAAACAAUGCAGUGGCGUACAACAUAUUCUAUGGUUCACGGUACAGUCAGGAAGGUACAAAUGAAGAAAUGGAACCAGCAAAGGCUAUGGAAAAUAUCACAUUACCUGAUCGUUAUGAGGAGAUAGUUAAGCGAGCUGCUGCAGGCAUAGAAUCUACAGCCAAAAUACAAUUCCUCGACAUUAGCGUCGAGUUUGAAGGAAAAAAGAAACGAGAAUUUGUAUUCACGAGUGCUAUUGCUAAUAGCUUUGCUGAAAAGAAGGUUCAAGCAGCUUGGUUUUUAAAUGUAUAUGAACAAAUUAAUGGUGUAUUCAGGAUGAUCGAACCGCAAAUAGUACCAUUGAACUUUGAGGAGGCUCUCAAGAAUAAAUUCAAAGUUAAAUACGAAGCUGACAUUAAGUUUGGCAAAUAUGACAAUAUUCACUUCAAAGGAUUUGAGGAGCGCAGUAAGAAAUACACUGAACAAUUACGAAAGGACCCGUUAGGAAAACUGUGCUUGGAAGAAACUAAGCGAGAUAAUAUCUACUUGAAGGAUUGUCACAAAAUGAUUAUAAAAGCUCACGCUCCCGACUAUUUCAAAGGAACAUUAUCUUACAAGGCACUGCCCGCUGAUUGGAACAACUGGAACGCGCUUUAUGAAUAUUUAAAAGAUUUGUACAGUUGGGAUGAGCAAGUAGAUAAGUCUAGGGCCAUCAACAACAAUACUUUGGAAAUUGUGUCUGAAGCUUUCUACUACGACAAUUACGUCAACUAUGAAUUUGCCACUAAAUAUGGAGUGGUACAAUUGAAUAACGUGGAGAUUUUGCCGUAUUACCAGUACGCCAUGGCUAAUUACGCGCCUAUAUCUGCCUGGGAACGUUCCCGCAACUGGUUUACUGAUUACCAACACUUGCCCUUCUGUUCCGUGGAUGACAACAAAAUCAAGACAUUUAGCGGACGUGAAUAUGAAUACAGCGUGACAAAUGCUUGGCACGUAGUUAUGGUCGAUAAGGCCAGGGAAUUUGACAAUGACAUAGUAAUUCUUAUAAGAAGAGAAGGAGCUAAUCAGGCAGUGGUUUAUGUUUCGUACAUGACUGCAGUCGGCCAAGCCGUUGAAAUUGAAAUCACGCCGAAAACGAUUGAAGUUAUAACAAAUGCCACACGUCUUAGUUCCAGCGGUGUGGCCACAUAUUGGAAUUAUGUAACGAAUGCGCCUCUGUUAGAAUACUAUACUAUUGCUGAGGACAUUGAAUUCUUCAGCAUAAACAAUGGACAAGUUCGUUUCUUGUACGACAACCAUCGCCUUGUUAUUUUCACUGACGACCACCGCAGCUCCACCUGGGGUUUGUGUGGACAGAGUACAUCUCAAAUUAGCGAUGACUACAUCACUCCUUAUGGCGUGGUCUACCUUCCUAAUUAUUACGGAGCAUCUUUCUCCCUGGAGGAAGAGUUUAUUGAUCCUUCCACCGUGGAGCUGAAGAAGAAAGCUAAACUGAAGGCGUACCAGCCUGUCACUAAGUACACCAACAUUCUCCGCUCUGAUGAUGAGUGGAGCAAGAUCAAGAAUGAGUCUGUUAAAGGAGCGAAAUCUUUUAAAGUUUAUAGACAUAAGUUUUUGUUGAAGAACGAUUGCCAGUAUAAAACCUGGCCCACAGGUCCCGUGUAUCAGAAGUGUGGUCGACUGUGCUACACUGAACACGACCACAGGAACUCUCGGACUAUGAAACUUCUAGUGUUGGCGGCAAUCGUCGCCGUUGUCACCUCGAACCCUCUCACAGAAAAUGCAAAAUGGCCCUGGCAAGUAGGAAAAGAAUACGUCUAUGAUGUUAAUUCUUACACCUGGACCAAGUUCGACAAUAGCAACAGCAAUGGCAACGCUUUCAAGUCUCAGUUCGUGAUCCGCGUCCAGGCUCCUGGACAUCUUCUGGCUAAAUUACAAAACCCCUUACACGCCCAGAUUCAAGGAGUGCUUGAUAUCAACGAGGUUCCCUCUGACUUGAAAUACGAAUCUGUUCCGAAAAUCGACGAGGUUUUCGAAAUUUUCGUUGAUGGAGGUCGAGUGCUUUCUCUGAAAGUACCUUCUAGCCUAUCAUCGGCCAAUGAGAACAUACUCAAAGGUUUGAUCAGUGCCCUCCAAGUCGAUCUAUCUACAUUUGGACAUGUGGACAAUUUCCCCAACAGCUUCGAUAAAAAGACCUUCCAAGGCCUCUUCAAGAAAUCGGAAGCUGAUGUCACAGGUGAUUGUGAAACUUUAUAUUCCAUUUCUCCAAUUUCUGUGGAAGUACGUCGUAACUUGCAAUCAUUUGCUGAAAACCCCAUCGAGAUUACUAAAAGCAAGAACUACAACUCCUGCAAGAAACGUAUUGGUUUUGCCUUUGGUGUCCCAGAGGGAGCUGGACACGCUUAUGAAGAUGAUGAAAGACAGUUCAUCAAGCACACUACUGAAUCACGAAUUCAUGCUGGUAAACAGGGAACGAUAUACAAGUCAGAAACGUUAGACACUGUAUUCGUGAGUCCUCUCUUGUUUGGGAAACAAAAAGCUGAAGUCUACAGUUACGUUGGUCUUGUUUUAUCUUCUGUGGAGGUAAUUGGGAAUACUGAAUGGGCACAGUCUGCAAACAUCCGCAAUGUUCAAUCACUUUUGCCGUUAGCUGGAUCAGGUGCAUAUUUUAAAGUUGAUCCAAAAAACAUUGAGAAUGCCCAAAAAGUACUCCAAGAAAUUACUCUUCUGCUGCAGGAUUCUAACGAUCUACCCGCAAAUAACUUUUUGUCAAAAUUUAAAUUCCUGGUUCGUUUCAUUAUGUUAUUGAAUUCCGAGCAAUUAUCUCAGAUGACAGCGAGUGUCGCUAGAAACGCUAAUCCGAAAAGUAAAAUGUGGACCAUUUAUCGGGAUGCAGUUGCACAAGCAGGUACUGUAGCGGCUUUUAAAGAGCUCAAAUCGUGGAUUUUAACUAAGAAGAUAGAAGGUGAAGAAGCUGCUCAAGUUAUUGCAUCUGUAUCUGGCAGGCUUGGUUUCUGGAACGAGGAAAUCAUGAAUGAAUUUUUGGAACUUGCUUUAAGCCCCGAAGUUGUGGAACAAAGGUACCUUAAUAGUUCUGCUUUACUGGCCGCUACUAAAUUCAUUCGCUCUGGAAACCAGAACCAAUUUGUGAUGAAAAAGGUUAUUCCUCGUCUUGCUUCAGAACUGAAAAAAGCUAUUGAAGACGAUGACAGCAGUAAGGCUCAGGUUUACAUUAGAUCUCUUGGCAACUUAGCUCACCCUGAUAUCUUAAAGGUCUUUGCUCCCUACUUUGAAGGCCAAGUCACUGUUACAAAGUAUCUUCGAACACAAAUGGUAAUUAGUCUAAAAACUUUGGCCAACAAGAAGGACAAAGUUGUUCGCGCCGCACUCUUCAGCAUCUUGAGGAACACCGUUGAACCAUACGAAGUUAGGGUCGCAGCAGCUCUGAAUAUCUUCUUAGCUUUCCCCACUUCAGAGAUGAUGCAAAUUAUGGCACAUAUGACUAAUGAUGACCCAAGCGUCCAAGUUCGUGGUGUAAUAGCAACUAGUAUUUCCUUUGCAGCUAAUUUGAAGGACCCUCGCUUUGCAGAGCUUGCCAAGACCGCGCAAGCUGUUUCGAGUAUCGUAUCUAAAGAAAAAUUCGGGUACCGCGCCUCUGCCGACAGUAUUAUUGAUGACUACACUUCCAAUGAUGACAUGGCCCACUUCAGAGAAUUAUCUUUCAUCGGUAGCAGUGACAGUUUCCUACCCAAGUAUCAUAGGUCAGCUUUGAGAUUAAGAAGCAGUGGGUUGACCGAAGAAGACUGGAUCAGUUUUUCCGUUUCUGACGUACGAGACUUACUCAACUACCUUCAGAACCUUUUCUUUGUCGAAGGAUUUACAUCAGAACCUGACCUAAAAUUUUCUGCGAAGAAAGUAGCCGAAGAACUUAACAUUAAAAGGGACCCCCGUGACCCAAUUGAAGGCGCAUUAUUUAUUGAUAAUUUAAACCAACAAAGAUUGUUUACUUUCGACAAAAAAGCACUUCCUAAUCUGUUUUCUGAAUUAGUUCAAGGACUAUAUAAUAGAGAUAAGAAACAAUAUACGAAGAUUAUAAUCGGCAAACAAGUUAUUGUUACCUUCCCUCUAGCCACUGGUAUGCCUUUUGUUUACGCAUACAGUGAGCCUAUUUUGUUCAACAUUGAAGGCGAAGCUUCUUCUAAAUUUACCGUAGCAAGGACUCCCUCACUCCACUAUAAUAUUAGAUUCACCUAUUCCCGAAAUUUGGACGGUAGUGUUGGUUUCUUAGACACUAUUAAUGGAGUCUACGCUAGCAGUGGAGUUAUUAACAAAUUAGAAUACUUGAUCCCUGCCAAGUUUUCUGUUAAACCGAAGAUUAAUGAAAUAACGUUUGACAUUGAUUUUCCGGAAAAAGAUGCCAAAUUAAUUCAUAUGAGUGUUUUUCCCUACACAUCUUUGCAAAAAAUGCAUUCUACAUUGACAGUAUCUGAAGAUCCAUCGACAAAAGUUAUUAAACGCUCUACUCCAAUUCUGGCUACUGACAUAAAUAUUGGCGAGUCUGCUGGUGUCAGCCUUAACCUGAAAGGACACUCAUAUUCCAACGAUUUCAAGAAAAAUAUUUUCGCUUCUGACAUUUUGACGAACGUUCGCAAUUUGCUGUACCAGAAUGACAUUGCUUAUACGCAAUUUGAAUUAAAAUACAUAGCUAAGGAAACUAAAAACAAACAUUUCACUUCCACGUUAUUGUUUGAUACUCUAUACGAUCACAAAGGGGAUGAUGAAAUUGGACCAGCUGAUCAACUUCUUGAUAUCGCCCCUAACAGUGCGCAUCGUCGUAAACAACUAGCUGAUCGGGUCGCAUCGGAAAUUGAAUAUGCUAAAGUUCGAAUUGUUGACAUCAGUGCUGUAUUUGAGGGUCAAGACAAAAAAGAGUUUGUAUUGACCGCAGCUUUAGCCAAUAGUGCAGCAGACAAUAAAGUUCAAGCCAUCGUAUUUGCUAGUGGUGACGUGCAAAUUAAUGCCGUUUUCAAAAUAGUUAAGCCGAAGGUUGUCCCAUUAAAUUUUGAGAAGGCUUUGAAGAAUGAAAUUAAAGUAGAAUAUGAAGCUGAUUUCAAGUAUGGAGACUCGGAAAAUAUUAUUUUUAAAGGUUAUGGUCAACGUAGCAAGGAAUACACUGAAAGAUUAUCCAAUGAUCCUUUAGCAAAGCAAUGCUUGCAAGAGAACUUCUAUCAGAGGAAUUGUUACAAAAUGAUCAUCAAGGCACACGCACUACUUCAAGGGUACUGUGACAUACAAAGAUGUUAACCCUGUGCUGUUGAAUGCCACCUACAGAAUAUACAAUAUUUUCAAACACUUUACGACUUGGGAAGAGGACGAGGACCUGCUGAAGGCU